UUUGGCUUUCUAAAACGGUUUGGCAAAUUACUCUGGAAGGAUAUCCGAACACGCCAGACACCAUACGGUAUUGGCCAAAUAAUGAAUAGAAGCCACAUCACUGAAAAGGUUCACUUGUACUGGAUAAUAAACUGUUAAUAGCAUGGUUGCACUGGCUCUUACUGUUGAAAGCUAUACAAUAAAGUCAAAAAGAGAAGCUGAUUACAGUGCUUGGAAUGUCCCUCUAAUAUUUACUUGUAAUAUUUAAAACAAACUGAUAAAUGGAUUAAAGCUUAAUCUGAGUAUUCUAAACCUUAAAUAGGCCCUGUCACCCCAAAAAUAACAUUUAAUCUAAUCUGCUUCUAUAUAGCUCUUUGUGUCUGAAUCUUAUUUUUUUUCUUUUGAAGUUUUCAUUAUUUUUUUUCCCUCUCCUGUAUAACAAUCAGGUUUAGAAAACUUGACAAUAGAUGGAGUUUAAAGCAAGGUUGUGUUUCAGUUACCAUUUCAAUUUCCACACAAUCCAUCAGUAAAAUCUAUCCCACAGAAGGGCAGACAUCAUGGACAGAGAAGAACAAAAUGACCCAGGUAUUGAGAUAAGGGAAAAAAAAAGAUAAUAUAAAGUAGGGAGUGUAAUCCUAAAGAUAAAAGGGUCAUAAGUAAAGGGGGGGGAAAAAGGACCAGGCCACCUUAAGAACCAAUCCAAUGGAUUGUUAAAUAAUUUGUUUUGUUAAUGUGGAAGCUAGAGGGAGUCAGGAUAAUCUACUCUCCUAUACAUAGAAACAUAGAAUGUGACGGCAGAUAAGAACCAUUCGGCCCAUCUAGUCUGCCCAAUUUUCUAAAUACUUUCAUUAGUCCCUAGUCUUAUCUUAUAGUUAGGAUAGCCUUAUGCCUAUCCUACGCAUGCUUAAACUCCUUUACUGUGUUAACCUCUACCACUUCAGCUGGAAGGCCAUUCCAUGCAUCCACUACCCUCUCAGUAAAGUAAUACUUCCUGAUAUUAUUUUUAAACCUUUGUCCCUCUAAUUUAAGACUAUGUCCUCUUGUUGUGGUAGUUUUUCUUCUUUAAAUAUAGUCUCCUCCUUUACUGUGUUGAUUCCCUUUAUAUAUUUUAAAUGUUUCUAUCAUAUCCCCCCUGUCUCGUCUUUCCUCCAAGCUAUACAUGUUAAGAUCCUUUAACCUUUCCUGGUAAGUUUUAUCCCGCAAUCCAUGAACCAGUUUAGUAGCCCUUCUCUGAACCCUCUCUAAGGUAUCAAUAUCCUUCUGAAGAUACGUCUCCAGUACUGUGUACAAUACUCCAAGUGAGGUCUCACCAGUGUUCUGUACAAUGGCAUGAGCACCUCCCUCUUUCUACUGCUAAUACCUCUCCCUAUACAACCAAGCAUUCUGCUAGCAUUUCCUGCUGCUCUAUUACAUUGUCUGCCUACCUUUUAUAGGUGAAAUAAUCACCCCUAAAUCCUUUUCCUUAGAUGUUGAGGUUAGGACUCUAUCAAAUAUUCUGUACUCUGCCCUUGGGUUUUUACGUCCAAGAUGCAUUAUCUUGCACUUAUCCACAUUAAAUGUCAGUUGCCACAACUCUGACCAUUUUUCUAGUUCACCUAAAUCAUUUGCUAUUUGGCUUAUCCCUCCUGGAACAUCAACCCUGUUACAUAUCUUAGUAUCAUCAGCAAAAAAGACAUACCUUACCAUCAAGACCUUCUGCAAUAUCACUAAUAAAAAUAUUAAAGAGAAUGGGUCCAAGUACAGAUCCCUGAGGUACCCCACUGUUGACAAGUCCAAGCUUCAAUAUAUUCCAUUAACUACAACCCUCUGUUGCCUGUCACUCAGCCACUGCCUUACCCAUUCAACAAUAUUGGAAUCCAAACUUAAAGAUUGCAGUUUAUUGAUAAUCCUUCUAUGUGCAACAGUGUCAAAAGCCUUACUGAAAUCUAGGUAAGCAAUGUCUACUGCACCACCCUGAUCUAUAGUUUUAGUUACCCAAUCAAAAAAAUCAAUAAGAUUAGUCGAAAGAGAUCGUCAAAAUGUUUAGAUCACAUUAAAUUCUUUGAAGACUAUUGUGGCAUUUCAUUAGCAUCGUAAAGAAAACAAAUGUGGGAUGUCUAGGUCUGGUUUCAUUUUACAGAAAUAUAAAAACUUGAAAACUUUGGUAGGAUUGACCUAGUAAAUGCUUUAGCAGUCCAUCUGAUGGCAGCUGGGUACUAUUCUGGCUAAUACCCACCAUUCAAUUUACAUAGAGGAAAACUGGUGGGAUUUAUUAGAUCAAUACAUAAAAUAGUUUUUAUUUUUGUUGUAAAAUAGUACUAAAUAAAUACCAAAUUACAGUUCAUGUAAAACCAAACCAGACUGAGAUAUCUCAUGUUUGUUUGUAAUGCUGAUGAAUUUUUCAUAUGUAUUUGAUGUGCUCUAUAGGUUAUGAAAUUGACCUGUAAAUGACAGAGGAUGCAAUAAAUGUAUUUUAUCCAGCGCUAUCAAAUAACCUUAAUUUAAACCAGUCAAACAAAUGAGUAAAAUGUAGCUUAUUUUUCAGUUAUCACAAUAAAAGCAUAUAUAUAUAUAUAAGGAAUUACGGUUAUAAAAAAAACAAACAAAAAACAGAACAUAAAUACUUAGUGCCUUCUAAUUGAAAUUAACAUAAGUGUGUUUUAGCUGUAAGGGAUACAUUACAAGUGUAGAUGUAAACGUGUAGAAAAUGUUUUAAUUUAUGUGCAGAGACCUGGUAUUUGGAAAUUAAAGGAGCGCUAUAGUGCCAGGAAAACAAACUAUAGGGUUAUUAGGUUCCCCCUCCCACUGGGCUGAAAGUGUUAAAACCCCUUCAGCCAAUUACCUUAAUACAGUGCUGGUUACAUCUCCUCCCACUGCCGACGUCUGCUCCGAAUGCGCAUGCGCGGCAAGAGCCGUGCGUAUUCAAACCGAUCCUUUCCUAUGGACGUCAGUGUCAUCUUAGUGUUAUUUUUCACACGGAGCAUCGCAAAGCGGCCUCUAGUGGCUGUCAGGUAGACAGCCACUAAAGGCUGGCUUAACCCUCAAUGAAAACAUCAGUUUAUCUGAAACUGCUAUGUUUUCAGCUGCAGGGUUAAAACCAGGGGGACCUGGCACCCAGACCACUUCAUUGAGCUAAAGUGGUCUGGGUGCCUAUAGUGGUCCUUUAAAGUCAUUAUUUGAAAUAUUGGAAUUUGGUGAAUUAAAUUAUUCUCAGUUUAACCUGUGAUGCUGAAAUUACCACCCUUUGUGCAUGGUUUUUGUUCAAGAAUAUUGAGCCUUUCCCUUCCAGCUGUUGUUGGACUACACUUCCCGUAAUUCUGUACUUUUAGAUUAUCAGGCUAAUUGUGGUACUGCAAACCUAGCCUGAAUAAUUUAUUACGUAGAUCUCAAUAUACCAGAAAAUGGAUGAGUUGAUAUCUACAUGCAGCUGAGAUAAUUCUUUUAAAUAUAAUCUAUAGAGUAGCUAUUUACCUGAUAGAGAUAGAGAGAUAUAUAUAUAUAUAUAUAUAUAUAUAUAUAUAUAUAUAUAUAUAUAUAUAUAUAUAUAUAUAUAUAUAUAUAUAUAUAAAAAAAAAUUUUUAAUGUAUUUUAUAAAAUAAUAUAUACAGGUUUAUAUAAUUUAUCUGACAGGUAAAUAACUUAUUUGUUAGUAGUUACAAUUUUUUGUUGCUAUUACAUAUUAUAACUAAUAUCACAAAAGAACGAGUAAAAAUAGUGGAAUUUUAUUUUCAGAAUGGCAGUUCCAUUAUUGUUUGCCCGACCUUUCAGUUUCCAAUUACUUCCUGUGGGAAUAUCUGGGAGUGGGUGUACGUGAACAAACCAUAUACACUUAAGCACCUCAAAGAGACUAUCUGUGCAAAAAUGUGAUUGCUAGAGAUUCAAACAAUUACUAAUGUUAUGAACAAUGCAAUCAAAAGAGCUCGACUUUGUGAGGCGGCAAAUGGUGCUCAUUUAAAACAGGUAAUUUUAUGUACCUAAUAGAGACGUACUGGAUACCACACUCACCAAAUAACCCAGGUGAUCUGAAGCCAGGGCUGGCCAGGCCUCCCUUCUAAGAUAUGCAGAAUAAAUAACAGUUCAUGUACUCCGGGAUAACAAAAAAUAGCAGCUUUAUUGGGGCAAAAGCAGCAACAUUUCAACCCCACCGGGGGUUGAUAUAGCUUUUCUGUACCUAGUCAAACAAAUCUCUCUACUCUGAAUAAUAUCAUCAGUGGAACUAUUCUAAAAAAUGGUAACAGUAGUACAGAUCUCUCAGCAAUAGAAUGCUACUCAUAAUUAGCCAGUAUCCUUACCCAGUUCUUGUACUUCUCUCCACAUAAGUUUAAAUAUUUUCACCCAGUGCUUGUAUUAUUAAGCAGUCACUAAGAUGAGAACUAAGCCUAGUUCACUAUCAUAACUUCUAGUGGCUGGAACCCCUCGGUCUGGUGGUGGACCAACUACAACUUCUACAGGAAUGUAUGUGAGACUUGUAUGUGCUAUCAUUAUACAUCUGUAUGAAAUGGUAUUGUUCAUAAAGUGACACAAAAGUUCCAGACUGGCUAAUGUAAACUUUGUGCAAAAUUGAUGUCUGAUGCCAGCACACACAGUAUUCUGGUGACAGUCAAUGAUUGUGUGCAGCCCAUGUCCUGCCCGCAGUCCAUCCUCCCUGCCCUCCCUCAAUCUCCAGCAGGGGGAGUGACGUCAGGGAAGGAGGAUCGGACUGAGAGAGAACCUGGAGAAUAUUUAUUGCCUAUUGCAAAAUCACAACUAAUGUAUGUAAAGAAAAUUCAUGGCACAAUAAAUUGACAUAUAAACAAUGAAUGCAGCAGUAGUAGAUUAAUAAUAAAAUGCCAUGUGUACAUAAAUUUGGUCCUGAACCAUAUAUUGAUUUUCCUCCAAGUUAACUGAUUUGGUGCUGUCAAACUUUGCAGCAGAUAUAGAACAACCUUUGAAUACCAAUCAAAGAAUACCUCCUUUUACAGAGGAAUGUGUAUAACAGGGUGUUUUUAACAGUGAUCUCCAAGCUGCUCAAUACACUUAUGUGGAAGUAUCCUCUAUUCCACAAAACAAAAUUGAAAUUAUUAGUGCGGUGUAAGUGAUAAAAGACUUAUACCAGUAAGUGAAGCGCUUUAGUACAUAUAGCUUACCAAAUGUUUUCUCAUUCAAUAGUAGAAUACAAAGUGCAUGUCAAGAGAGAAAUAUAAAAGAUCCAAUUUAGUGCAGACUGUUUUUAAAAUAAAAUUAUAAUUGUAGUGUCUUGAUAAAUGGAACACUCACAUUUUAGGGAGCCUGUAUAUAGAAACACUGGCUCCGUAUUUUGGCUUGUGUGCUUUUUUUGGGGUAGCAUCGCCCGUCUCCUUCGAUGUGGGGUAUUUCUCAAAGAUAAAAAUAGGAGAAGCAGACCAAUGUGUAGAUGGUGUUUAUAAGAACACAGUAUUAUUAGAAAUAAGUGGUGUGCUCACCUGGUCCUGAGCCUGUGGGUCCCGGCUCUAGGUAUAUAGGUAUUGUGCCAAUUUGAAUGGGGAUGGCACUACCCCUGGGAAGAUACUCUUGAGGUUUCCAAAGAAAGGAUUUAAAAGGGUCUUAAAUAUAAAGUAAUACAUUUAUUCAAGUAUAAAACAAAAAAUAAAAACAAUAAUGGUAAAAAAGUCCUUAAUAAAAAGUCCUUUAAAAUAGCCAAUACGCGUUUCACUCCUUGCUGUGGAGCUUCCUCAGUCAGCUGUGAAGCUCCACAGCAAGGAGUGAAACGCGUAUUGGCUAUUUUAAAGGACUUUUUAUUAAGGACUUUUUUACCAUUAUUGUUUUUAUUUUUUGUUUUAUACUUGAAUAAAUGUAUUACUUUAUAUUUAAGACCCUUUUAAAUCCUUUCUUUGGAAACCUCAAGAGUAUCUUCCCAGGGGUAGUGCCAUCCCCAUUCAAAUUGGCACAAUACCUAUAUACCUAGAGCCGGGACCCACAGGCUCAGGACCAGGUGAGCACACCACUUAUUUCUAAUAAUACUGUGCUCUUAUAAACACCAUCUACACAUUGGUCUGCUUCUCCUAUUUUUAUCUUUGAGAAAUACCCCACAUCGAAGGAGACUGGCGGUGCUACCCCAAAAAAAGCACACAAGCCAAAAUACAGAGCCAGUGUUUCUAUAUACAGGCUCCCUAAAAUGUGAGUGUUCCAUUUAUCAAGACACUACCAUUAUAAUUUUAUUUUAAAAACCGUCUGCACUAUAUUGGAUCUUUUAUAUUUCUCUCUUGACAUGCACUUUGUAUUCUACUAUUGAAUGAGAAAACAUUUGGUAAGCUAUAUGUACUAAAGCGCUUCACUUACUGGUAUAAGUCUUUUAUCACUUACACCGCACUAAUAGAACAACCUUUAAUCGGACCCUUUUUAAUACAAUAUCCAAAUGUUCCAUUAUGGUUAUGUGACCCAUGUACUUAUUUGAUUGUCAAUUUCAUUGCCACCAAAUCACAAAGUGUUUUCAUGCUUUUGCAAAUUCACAGGAUGAAUUAGUCAACUUUUAGUCUUUCUGUUCUUGUAAAACCACCAAACAUUAAUAUUAAUGUUCUUGCUCAGCCACCGAGAUGUCUGAUGAGGAAAUCAAAGAGAAAACGUUGCAUACCGCAGCAGCUUAUUUGGAAGGGAAGGCGCCGGUGGAUAAAGCAGCCAUUCUUCACCAGCACAUUGGAAGGAGGGAAAUGACAGAUAUGAUCAUAGAAACUAUCGGUCCCAGCUCAGGUAAGAAUCCUCUCCUACUGAUGGUAGGUCAUGAAUGUCUUCUUACAAAACCGUGUCCUUGGAGAAACGAAGCUGUGUAGACCAUUUUAAGCUGUCAUAAAGAAUAAAAUAUGAGCUUGUACAAGUAUUAGUGUCAUUCUGCCAUCCAGCAGCCUACACAGAAUGGAAUGUCAGCAGUAUCCCUAGUAAUUUCUUUGUAGAAAAAUAUAAAUCUUAAUUUUCUCCUGAAUUGACAAUACCCUGCAUUUUAGUGUAUUGUCCUUUGCAAGUGAUUGUGCAUUUUAUGCAGAUUUAUAAAUUGGUUUUAUUUCAGUUUCUUUAGGGAGGGCAACAUAAAAACACAACCAUUUCGGUAGAUUAUAUUCUGAACCAGAGUCAGAUGAUGAAGUUGAAAUGUCUUCGAUUAUGGACAUUCUUUAUAAACAUAUGUGCUAGAUAUUAAAGGGUUACGCCAACAUCUGCACAUCCAGAGAUAUCUGCACUUGUCUGCCGGAGGCUAGUUACACCAGCAGCACAUGGGACUCUGGCAGCUGUGAAUUCUGCUCUGGGCUUGCUAAAUGUCAAUUCUGGGCAUAUUUUAUGUCUAUCGUCAGUGCGCUCUGCACACUGGUGACAGACAUUUUCUGAUUUUCUCUUGUAGACAGAGCCUGCAAGCUUGUGUCUCCCCUCACUCCUUCAUCGCAGCUCUCCCACCUCACGAUCCCAUAAGUUUAAAGUUCCUUUGCUGUCUCCUUCCCACUCCCUCUUACCUUCCCGGCUCAGAGCCCGUGCAUGUACUUUGAGCCUGCUAAACAGUCCAAUCAAAGGCUUCUCUAUGAGAGUCCUUUGAUUGCACUUCGCCAUGGCUGCCGUGACCUCAGGUGAGAGUGUACUGAGCAACACCAGGAGCUUCGCCUUGCGCUUGACUUCAGUGAGCUAAACUUUCUUUUUAUACUUUUUUCAUUGUUUGGGGGAACACGGCACCUAAAGAAUAAUGCCCAAUAUGGAAUUAUUUGUUUUCUUAGAAAAAAAUGUGUGUAUGUAUGUAAGAAGGGUUAGAGUAACCCUUGAGGUUUCCUUGAUUUUAAAUGGACACUCCAGGCUGGACAGAGCCCUUUUUAAAAUUAUUAUUUUUUUUUUUUAACUGCUUUAUGACGAUAUUGCAUUAAAAUAGAAACAAAAUAAACUCACUCUUAAAGUUCCUGCAAUUGUUGUUUUUUCAACUUUUGCAGUGAACUCUGUCCAAGUGGUGCUUAUGCAAUUUCUCAUUAAGCUGUAAAGGAGCGUGUCAUUGGAGGUGGAUAUUUGUAUAUCACUUGCAUUGUACUAAUAUUAAAUAAAUAAAACCUUCCUUGUUGGUGUGUAUUUUCUGCUAGAUCCACCGGUGACUGCUUCUUCUGAGAAACUCGAUUCUAUGGAAGCAUCUAAUAAGCCUCCCCCUGACUCUCCAUCCAAGCAUCUGCCAGAUCAGAUCACUUUCUUCAGUGGAAACCCAUCAGUAGAAAUAGUUCAUGGAAUUAUGCACCUCUACAAAACAAAGUAAGUGCCCAGUUAUGCAUGUGUAUGGUGGGUGUGUAUAUUGUGUUUUGGUGCAAACAAACAAUGCAACUAGUUUUGUAGUGUUUUAUUAUAUGCAGAAGAAAUGGCACUAUUCUGAGGUUAUUUAUAAAGCCCUGAAUUAUUAUAAGUAUUUUUGUUGAAAAAAAUAAAUUCUUGGCACCGGUUAUUUAAUUUGUAUUUAAAGUGGUCAGAAUUUCACAAACCCAUCUCUAAAUUAUCUCAGAUUUUCUCCAUAUCGGCUAUGGUCUAUAUCAGGGGUCCUCAAACUCCGGCCCCCCAGAUGUUGCUGAACUACAACUCCCAUGAUUCUCUGGCUAUCUAUGUAAUUCAAACAAUCAUGGGAGUUGUAGUUCAGCAACAUCUGGAGGGCCGGAGUUUGUGGACCCCUGGUCUAUAUUGUCAUUAAAGAAACACUGUAGAGUCAGGAGCACAAACAUGUAUUCCUUUCCCUUUAGUGUUAAAAACAACCUUUACCCCAUAGAAAAAAAUAUAAUGGGCUGUUGUUGUUCUAGUGACAAUAGUGGCCCUUUAAGAACACCUUCAGUUGGACUGCGUAGAAUUGUAGUCCCCAGCAGUAACUAAAAUAAAAAGUAAGGUCAGCUAAUUGGUUAAAGAAAUUAUUAACUAGAAUUCAUCAGGCUUUAAUUGCACAUCCUUCAUAUGAUGGGAGCACAGUUAAGGUGAAGUGAUCUGCUCAUGGUGCGAAAGGUACCCCAUGAUUAAUAGGGCUAUCAGGGAUUACCAUUCAUAUUAUGCAUUUAUUUUCUUUAACAUCUUGCCAAGUUUAUUUUUUUUUUUAACUGCAUAAAACAGGCAAAGUGAAUUAAUUAAAACUACCUUUGAAUAGUCACAAAUGGUUUGGUUUGGCGUGCGUUGGAGGUUUAUAUGAAAGUUUAAAUCUAAGAUACAAGUUGUUAAUGUGUUCGUAUUUUGUGUUUUUUUAAAAAAAAAAAAAAAAUAUGUAGAUCUUGGGAUGAGGACUAUAACAGUACUUUUCAAAGAGAAAUCUCAAUUUUAGGUAAACAAAAAUACUGAAUGUAUAGCUGACUUGAAGAAAUCUCCAGAUUUAUUCCAGGUUACUUUGGCCUAAAAGGUGAAAAUCACUUUGAAAUCCAAACAAUCCACUAACCUUUUUAUUUUCACGUGUGAAUAUGAAUGUGAGGUCGUUGUGUUAGUGAAUAAGAAUGUGGCUGGUAUUUUCAUGUGAAGGUUAAUGGUGAAUUGAGGCUGGAUAGGAUAGCUCAGGGGUGCCCAAAAGGUAGAUCACCAGAUGUUGUAGAACUACAAUUCCCAUGAUGCUUUACAUGGCUUUAGUAUAACAAAGCAUCAUGGAAACUGUGGUUUUAAAACAUCUGGGGAUCUACCUUUUGGGAACCCCUGGGUUAGGUAAGGGUUGCACAUGCCCAAUCUGACACUAAAAGGAUACUCUAAACAUCAUAAUCAUUACAGCCCACUGUAGUGAUUAUGGUACCUGCAUGCCCCUUGUUUGCCAUUCCCUGUGGUUCACUGUGAGACGGUUUUCUUUUUUGUGUGCUACUGUGUUUUGUUAAAUUUUUACAUUUUUUUUUCUUCAAUGUUUCUAUAAACCCAUAUAGCUUUGUUACUUUGCAACUUGAUUUAUUUUUUAUGACACAGCCUAGUGGAAAUAUUCUAACCAGUCAACUAAGUGUUUCCAUUUUAUAUAUCUCUCUCCCCUAGUAAAAUGACAUCACUGAAAGAAGACGUAGGACGUAGUGCCAUGCUCUGUAUACUCACUGUUCCUUCUACAAUGACAAGUCAUGAUCUCAUGAAAUUUGUAGCUUCUUUUAAUGAGGUCAUCGAGCACAUGAAAAUCAUCCGUGAUUCCACUCCAAAUCAGUACAUGGUCCUGAUAAAAUUCAGCUGUCAGGUAAUAGGAAAAUAUAGCUGCAUCAUAGUAACCAAACUAUGGGCUCGAUUUAAUAUUGUUGAAUAAGCUUUCUAAAUGAUUUCAUAUUUUUAUAUACAUUUUUAAAAUAAUUUUUUUCAAGGUAUUAAAUUAUCAAAAAAAAGAUAUCACGUUAAACUAUCAUAUAAAAAUAUUGCAACAUUUUAAAUAAUAGUCAACCUGAUGGGGAAAAAAAAAUCAUAGUUACGUGAUUGCCUGUGGAGUGAGCUGCACGCUAUGCUGCCAGUAAACAUGUAUAUUCCAUAUGCUUUACGUGUUUUGUUUCUGAUUCCCACUACAAGUCUGUUCAAUGAUUCUGCUGCACUAGUGUAUUCUCUGAUCACAGAAUUGUGUAUGCAUAGCACAUAAUUUAACUGGAACAUCCAUUUUGCACUUGUAAUCAUCCCUUCACGUGUUUUUAAAAAAAGGAUGUUCUUUGCUUGUCACUGUUCUGUCUCAACCAUGAAAUGAAAACAAACCAGCACAACAAUGGGUGAAUCUAUUGGAACAUUGUGAGUGGGCUGGGUGACAGUCAUGUGAUCUCCGUGAUUGAACACAGGCCAGUGUGCAUAUCAGCUCUACUAGCAGUGGGGUGUUGUGCUUUAUCAUAGGCUUUUUUCAACUGUUAGGUUUUGUGCUACUCUCACUUUUAUAAAAGGGAUUAUUUACUUAUUUAUCUUUAUACCCGAAUCCCAGGCUGAUGCUGAUAGUUUCUACAUGGCAAGUAAUGGGCGCCAGUUUAACUCCAUUGAAGAUGAUGUCUGCCAGUUGGUUUAUGUGGAACGGGCCGAGGUGUUCAAGUCUGAUGAUGUAAGUGGUUUAUGUAUACUGUCCUCUACUAGUCUAUCUUGACACUCAUUGUCAUUCUAUGCCUGUUAAACUGUAAGGUUCAGUAAUUAAAGCUAUACAGAUGAUCAAUUUGUAAACAUUUUAUAUUUUUCUUGUUUAUGAUUAAACUAAUAUAAAGUAGAAGGUGGGGCUUGAAUUCUUUGUAGACCACUACAGUUAACAGGAUUUUGUUUGAUACACUGUUGGAGGCAAUAUAUAAAAUAAAUUCUGAAUUUCUGCAACUUAAAACCCAAGUGGCAGGUUAAAAUAGCAGACCUGGAAAAAUUCUCAAACUGUGCUAUAGUCACUUCUUCUUUUUGCCAUUUUGAUUUUCAGUUCACUAAAAUAAAUACCCGAUGGAACUAUAUUAUAAUGAAUUUUAUACUUUUUGCAUUUAGUAUGAGGAUAUUAGAAAACUGAAUAAAGUAGUGAAAUAAGAUUUCUAUAUUAUUAUAUAUUUUUACUAUAUUAUUGUUUUGUGUUUGUUUUUUUUAUGCUUAUAGUGGUAAGUAAAACUUUCUGGGCAUUCUAGAUGCAUUAACAAUGAUAGUUUAAAUAUUGGGUUUGAGAUUUAGGACUUUAUUUAGAAUGGCUCUGAUUUUAUUUUCUAUAUAUUUAUGUAGAAUAGAUGUGUUUUUGGAUGUUUUUGAGAUAGUCUUACAGAGUUAUCAACUAAAGUGUGACUUGUCGGGAAUUUAAAAUGUUAUAUCACAAAUAGCUGAAAUAAGAAAAAUGCAAAGUCAAGUAUGUUUUCAGUUUUAACUACAAUUGGUUUAGGAUUUCACUAAAUACUGAAUCCCAGUGCAUUGAGCAUCAUUUUGCAAUACCCAAACUGUGACUAUAGUUGGAUUGGAUAAUGUUUUUCUAGCUUGGCACAUUUUUCAAUUCACUACAGUUUCUUAUUGAUUGAAUUAACCCAUGUGAAUCCCCAAUAGCUGUCACACACUAGUAACUAACAAUGGUCUGCUCCUUUAUCCUUCGUCUGUUUAAAAUUAAAUGAAAUCCAUUUUUUCUUUUUCUUUCUUGCUAUUAAAUAAAGUGUGUACCUGAGGGAGAACAUGACCUUAUGAAACAUGUCAUUUACCAUUUGCUAAAUACCUCAUUUAUUAUAUCUACUUUCCCCACUGUUAAACAUCCCAAAUUGUGAAAAAUGUGGCUCCUUGUGACCGUAUAACUACCAAAAAUAGAAUGAAAUCCUAGACAUAUGUGUUUCAUACAUCAUGAUUAAGUUUUUUGUUUUUUUUCUUUUCUUCUGUUAAAUUCCGUGCACCUUGUUAUAAGCAAAACACAAUAUUCUAAAUCAAGAUAUAUAUAAAAAAAUGUUCUUUUCAUAAUCAAAUAACAGCCCCACCUGUCUUUUAAAAUACAAUAUAUAGUAUGUGGGUGCACUGAAUAAGAAAGUGGGAAGUGAUGGUUGAACUAGACAAAAAAAAAUGACAAAAUUCUGUGGUUCCAAAAGGCCAUUACUGUGAUAAGUGUCAUUAAAUGCACAUAUAGUUUUGAGUAAUAUCCUGCCUCUGAUCAGAUGUUUGAACUUUUGCUACAUUGUAAGUUUUUUUUUUUUGUAGGGCGCUAGCCUGCCAGUGAUGGAUCUUACUGAGCUUCCCAAGUGCACUGUUUGCCUUGAGCGGAUGGAUGAAUCCGUAAAUGGGAUUCUGACAACACUUUGCAACCACAGUUUUCACAGUCAGUGUCUGCAGCGAUGGGAGGACACAACGUAGGUGCUUUGUUGGCUAUUAAUUAAUGCCUUACUUACUAACUGAAUUGUCUCACAUGUAAAUGCAUGUGCCUUAGUGGAUUAUUAUUACUUGCUUAUCUCAAUGUAAGUUACUUUUCAUGCUAUGUGUAAACAGCAGGAACCUCCUCAAAUACACAAUGAAACAUCAAGUCCCAGUCAUUUAUGUGUAUAGUUCUUCAAAAGCCAUUUAUUUAGGUGAUCUGUUUGCUUGUUUUUUGUUUGUUUUUCUUUACUCUUAUGGAAUAGCCUGCCUACCACCAUCAGAUUCUCCCCUUGUCUUCAAUCGUUUAAGAAAUGCCUUUAAACACCUCUAUUUAGGAAAGCUUACCGCCUCCCAGUGUAACCUCUACCUCACAUACCUGUCUCUUGCUCUCUCCUAAAGGGCAGCACUCUACUCUCUCCUCCAGUUCUGCUUCGCUCUCACCUUGUUUGAUUGCUAUUUCCUGUUGGAUUGUGUUUUAUACACCAACUCCUAUAAACUGUAAGCUUGUAAUAUUGUAAAGCGCUACGGAAUCUGUUGUCAAUAAUAAUACUCUUACUAAAUAAACUAUUUUAUCUACAGGAUGUGCCUUGUACUACAAUGAAAAUCCAGGAUUAUGCAGACUUAAUUUCUGUGAUUUUUCAUUGUAUUUUUUAUUACACAAAGAACUCCCUGGUUAAGCAAUUAGCUGGAUAGCUUGUAGAGCGGUAAUAAUCAGCUCCGCGAUUUAGAAAAAAAAGUUUCUUGCGCACUAACUCAAAUCCCUAUGCACAUUUAAAUAACUGGAGGUGUCUAGUAUUACUCCAAUGGUAAUUCAAGUGUAAGGUCACCUGCCACGUCAAGGCAAAACGUAAAAUCCUUUAAAGGACCACUAUAGUGCCAGGAAAACAUACUGGUUUUCCCGGCUCUAUAGGGUCCUUGGGUCCCCCUCACCCUCUGGGUCCCCCUCCCGCCGGGCUCCAGGGUGAGGAAGGGGUUUGGCGCUGGGGAAUCUCCUCCUUCUUCUGUCGUCAUCGGCUGAAUGCUCAUGCGCGGCAAGAGCCGCGCGCGCAUUCAGCCAGUCUCAUAGGAAAGCAUUCUCAAUGCCUUCGUAUGGACGCUGGCAUCUUCUCACUGUGAAAAUCACAAUGAGAAGUGCCUCUAGCGGCAGUCAAUGAGACAGCCACUAGAGGCUGGAUUAACCCAUUUGUAAACAUAGCAGUUUCUCUGGACUGCUGUGUUUUACAGCAGGCAGGGUUAAUCCUAGAUGGACCUGGCACCCAGACCACUUCAUUAAGCUGAAGUGAUCUGGGUGCCUAUAAAGUGGUGUAUUUCUAAAGCUGUACACACCUUUUAACCCUUAAUAGGAAACACAUGAGGUGGGCAGCAGCAUUUUUACAUGGUUACCUUAACAGGGCAGGUGAGUGUACUUUUGAAUGGCUAUUGGGGUGAUACUAAGAACCUCCUGUUAUUUAAAUGUGCAUACGGCUUUGGGAUAGUGCAGAAGUAACUUUUUUUCUUAGUUUUUUUUUUGGAAUUGGGGGGGGGGCUGAUGUGUACUAUAGUCAUUGCUGCUGCCCAGGAGUGUAGUGGGAGUACGAGCACAGGACUUAAUUUUCUGUUUUUGUAUUUGCUCCACAAUUACCCUAAAGGAAACAGUGUCUGUAACUGGAUUAUCAUUCAUUCAUCCAUAAAUGAAGAUCGAUGCAGCCUACCUUUGUUCCAUAGUUUUUAUGUUUCAUGCUAAUGAAAUAUAAUAUUUCAAAAAAUGUUGUUCACCUCUUAAAUAGUCUUACCACCGGAUGCUUAUUUCAGCCUAUUUUUAAAACAUAUUCUACAUUUUAUGCCGGUUAGACAGUGGCCUAAUGCAUUAUCAGUAGAAUCUGUUCAGCCCUUGGGUUGCAGGUUCGAAUCCCGGCAGGGUUGACUCAGCCUUUCAUCCUUCCGAAGUAGAUAAAAUUAGUACCAUUAAAUUGGGUAAUUGUAACAACCCUUGGAUGUUAGGCUAAGGUAACAUCCCCAGGACGUACUUGAAAACCAGAGUAAUCUGAAUGUACCUUUCCUGGUUAAAUACUUUUUUUAUUAUUAUUAUUAUUUUGAGUCCAUCCAAAUUACUGUGAUAUAUAAAGUAUCCCUCUCUUUUAUUACAGGUGUCCAGUGUGUCGAUACUGCCAAACGCCUGAGCCAGUGGAGGAAAACAAGUGCUUUGAAUGUGGUGUGCAGGAAGUAAGUUGGUAUUUUAAAUCCUAGAACAAGAAACAUAUAAAACUUCAACAACACAGUUUAACCUACAUUGAUUCAAUUGCUGGGACACUCUUUAGAUUGAUAACUUUUGUCCGUUGCAAAAAAAAGCCUGGUCAAUUUAAUUAGCACAUUUGGCAUCUGCCACAAUCUGUCUAUCCAAUUUUUCUUUAAAGGACCACUAUAGUGCCAGGAAAACAUAGUCGUUUUCCUGGCACUAUAGUGCCCUGAGGGUGCCCCCACCCUCAGGGUCCCCCUCCCAUCCGGCUCUGGAAGGGGGAAAAGGGUUAAAUCUUACCUUUUUCCAGCGCUGGGCGGAGUGCUCUCCUCCUCCGAUCCUCCUUCUCUCCUCCCCGUCGGCUGAAUGCGCAUGCGCGGCAAGAGCUGCGCGCGCAUUCAGCCGGUCACAUAGGAAAGCAUUCAUAAUGCUUUCCUAUGGACGCUGGCGUGCUCUCACUGUGAAAAUCACAGUGAGAAGCACGCAAGCGCCUCUAGCGGCUGUCAAUGAGACAGCCGCUAGAGGAAAUAGGGGAAGGCUUAACCCAUUCAUAAAACAUAGCAGUUUCUCUGAAACUGCUAUGUUUAUGAAAAAAUGGGUUAACCCUAGCUGGACCUGGCACCCAGACCACUUCAUUAAGCUGAAGUGGUCUGGGUGCCUAGAGUGGUCCUUUAAGAGAAAGGACUGUUUCCAGUGGCUCUCAUAGAAAAACACUGGACACACUCCCAACUUUAGCACACUUUACAUGCUGAUACUGGGUAUACAAUAGGUUUAAUAGUGUGAUUGCAAAAUGUAAACUGUAUAGGUACUUAGACUGCCUCUUUGACACCGACAACCCAGAACUCUUGUUCUGGCUGCCUGACUCAUGUGGUUAGAGCCUCAGUGGAUUUACAAAGCAAGGCAGUUCUAAGCCAGGGUAAGUGUGCUUAUGUUAGUAUAGUGGUUUUAUGUAAUUUCUGAAGUUUGUGUUUUAGUAACAGUUUUUUGUCCUAUUUCACCGCAGAACCUCUGGAUUUGUUUAAUCUGUGGCCACAUUGGAUGCGGCAGAUAUGUUAGCAGACAUGCCUAUAAACACUUUGAAGAGACACAGCAUACCUAUGCCAUGCAGCUGACAAAUCACAGGGUGUGGGACUAUGCAGGAGGUAAGCAAGUCUUCUCUCUUUCUCUCUCUAUAUCUAUCUGUGUAUAUAUAUAUAUAUAUAUCUAUAUAUAUCUAUAUCUAUAUCUAUAUAUCUAUAUCUAUAUAUCAUAUUUUUGUAUGUAUAGGUUAAAGAUGUUGGGCAGUAAUUGUGAGAGGGGUUAACUGGCCUUUAUAACAGUCUGCAGCACAUAACUUGGAACCCGCAGGCAAGUUGGUCAAACUUGCAUCACUUCUGAGUCAUGUCUAGCGUAAACAAUGGUUGCUAGCAGGAUGGUAAAUCACGAAGUCCUUCCUGAAUUUUCUUUCUAAUUUAGAAUCUGUGCCCGCGAGUUGUUUAUGUCCGUGACUUCACACCGCUACGGUCACUAUCCACCAUGUAUUAAGGGUCCAUUUUUAGUGCUGUCCCUGCUGUUUGGCACAAUCAGCGUUUUCUAUAGAAUUUGCCAUUCAGUUAUUUGUUCGGCACCAAUUGCCCCAUGUUCCGUUUAUAACGGCAAAUGUAUAGAAAUAGCACUCGUUGUGAACCUACUGAUUGGUUUAUUUGGAAAGGAACUCGGUUGCAGUGGAACGGCAACCCCUUGCAAACACAACCUCCCCAGGUGCUUGAGCUUGGUACAGGAACUUGGACAAUAUAUGAGGAGAGUGGUGCCUUUUAUUUACAGAGUGAAGAGGCCAGAAAGGAGCAGAUAGGAAGCAGACUUAGGGCGGUAUGUUAGUCAGGGCUGGCAGCAAAGGAACUAGAUCAAGAGUCAAGCCAAAGGUCAGAAGCCAGGAGAUCUAUGAAAUACAGAGCUGGAUAUCAGAAGAUAAGUGUCGGAGACAAGAAGCAUGGUCAGGGUCAAAGCCAAAAGCUAAGAAGUAUUACUGGAAACCAGGAACACGUACCAGGACAGGUCACAUGCUCAUGUAAAUAAUGGUCACCGAGCUUUUCUCACUUAUUAAUUUUGAGCUUCCUCUUUUACAGAGGUCACACGCUCAUAAAAUUUGGUAUCUUAAUCCAAGCUUCUUCUUGAAGAGGUAAUAUGCUCUUGAAAUUGGUAGUAGUUAUUGAGCCUUCUCUAUCACGGUGGUCACACACUCAUCAUAUUGGUAUUUUUUUUGUUUUGUUCCUGAGCUUCCUCUUUCAUGGAGGUCACACGCUUGUCAAAUUCCUAUUGGUUACUAGAUUUCUUCUUUCACAGAGGUUACACGCACAUCAAAUUGGUGUUGGCUCUUGAGCCUCCUUUAUCACAGUGGACAGAUGCUCAUCAAAUUGCUAUGCAUAGUGAACCCCCUCUUUUGAAGAGAUCACGUGGUCGUCUACUGAGCUCCCUCUUUCACCAAGUCACGUGCUUGUCAAAUUAGUAUAUUUCUGAGCUUCCUCUUUCACACAGGACAUUCUCUUCUGUUGGGUUUCUAUUGCUGAGCAUCUCUACACAAAAGUUUCGAGUUCAUCAGUGAUUGCAUUUGUUACCAAGCUUCCUCUUGCGCAGAGGUCACAUACUCAUUGAUAAUUUGGUACUAAAAUCCCUUUUUGCAUCUAAAGUCAAACGAUCACUAGUAACUGUUAUUUGAUCGCUAAGCUCCUGCCUGUUACAGGGGUCACACGUUCCUCAAUUUUGGUAGUGUUAAAAUUAUUGAGCUUUAAUUUUCCUUCUUUUGACACUUGCAUUUACACUUAUUUACACUUUAUUGCACCAUCAAUAUUUUCUCACCUCACUUCAAGUUCUUACCCUACCCUGCACACUUGGUUUUCAUUCCUCCCAAUCAAAACUUCCCUACUUGUAUUAUAAAGUCCAUGGGUCACUGGAAGUCAGUGUUUAUGCAAAAUAUUCCUCCACCCACGCAAGAAACUCUUGCAGUCUGUAAUUUUUUUGUUAUUGUAUAUUUUUUAAGCAUAAUAUCUCUUUCAAUCUUUUGCCCUCCUUAUUUACAGCACUAACUUGACUGUUUGUUCCGGCACACCUCAACUGACUUUGCCCCAGGCAGCUGGGACAAUCACGGCUUCGGUCCCAGACCACAAAUAUAUAUUAUAGUGUGUGUCAAAUAAUUAAGACACAAACUGCACAAUUCUUGUUUUUAUUUGACUGUCACAAUAAAAGUGCACUGUAUAGAAUCCUGGGCACACAAAUAUUAACCCCUAAAUAACCAAGGUUAUAACGCUUACAAACAUUUAUUUUUACACACUUUAGACAUACCACUGUCAGAUUAUGUCACUGCUGCUAUAUAGAUUAUAUGUAAGGUUUUGAAUUCUGCUAAAUAAAUUAAAAGGAGCACUGCCUAUAUGUUAGUAAUUCGGAAAGCUAUAUCAUAGAUUUCAAAAUACUUUUCUGUUAUAGAUGUUUGUUUGCUAUAUGAAUGUUCAUGCACACUUUGAUUUUAGGUUUUGGGUACAUUUUUAGGUUACUAUUUUAUGAACUCUCUCUAAAGCAAAUUUAAAAUAAAAAAAGAAUACCGGUAAUAAUUUGGGGAAUCCAAACGCCUAGGUUGGAGCCUCUCCAAAAUUAAUUAUAUUGAUCUUAAAAUGUCCUGACACAUUGCUGCAGACUAGUUUGGAAUUGCUCUGGAAUAAACACUAAAGGUUAGAUCUGUAUAUGCAUGAUCUAAAUUACUAUUGAUCCAGAAAUGUUAUUUGUAAAUUACUGAUUUCUGCUACGGUUUUCCUCAUUGCUUUUUUUUUCUUCUCUCUUCUAUUUGUUUUUUGUUUGGUUUUGGUUUUAUACACCUUCAGAUAAUUAUGUUCACCGGUUGGUUGCAAGCAAAACAGAUGGAAAAAUUGUUCAAUAUGAAUGUGAGGGAGACAUGUGUCAGGAGGAAAAGGUGGAUUCUUUGCAGUUAGAGGUAAGAAAUCAUUGGCUUAUAAGGAAAUAGUGGAUUUCUUGAGUGCUCGCAAUUGUCUUGGGAAGUAUUGUUUUAGUGUGGUAUCUUUCACGUACUAUCUUAUUUGCUUGUUUCUUUUAUUAGAGUGUUGGAGGUAUACUAAUCACCCACCUUACAUUUCCACAGCAAUGAUCGUGAACCAGGCUGCCACCACCACAUGCAGGGGGUUUGGAGUUUAUUUUUGUCUAUUUUUUGUUUUGUUUUUUUUCCUCUUUGUGAUUGUGGAUGAGGUACUACUUCUCAUUUAAUUUAUCAAUGACAGAUAUCUUUAUUUCAUAAGUAGCGAUCUAUCAGUCUGGUAAUUUAGAAAGCGGGAAAAUAAUUAUUUGACCAGUAGUUACAUAGUUACAUAGCUGAAAAGAGACUUGCGUCCAUCAAGUUCAGCCUUCCUCACAUAUGUUUUUGCUGUUGAUCCAAAAGAAGGCAAAAAACCCAGUCUGAAGCGCUUCCAAUUUUGAAACAAACUAGGAAAAAUUCCUUCUUGACCCCAAAAUAGCAGUCAGAUGUUUCCUUGGAUCAAGCAGCUAUUACCCCACCAAUUAUAAAUUAUAUCCCUGUAUGUUAUGUUUUUGCAAGUAUUUAUCCAAUUGCAGUAUAAACAUCUGUAUAGACUCUGACAAAACCACCUCUUGAGGCAAAGAAUUCCAAAUCCUUAUUGCUCUCACUGUAAAAAAACCUUUUCUUUGCCUUCGAUAAAAUCUUCUUUCUUCCAGCCUAAAUGUGUGACCUUGUGUCCUAUGUAGAGCCCUGUUUACGAAUAGAUUUCCAGAUAAUGGUUUGUACUGGCCACGAAUAUAUUUGUAUAAUGUUAUUAUAUCCCCUCUCAGGCGCCGUUUUUCCAAACUAAAGAAAUUUACAUUUUUUUAAACCUUUCUUCAUAACUAAAAUGAUCCAUUCAUUUUAUCAAUUUUGUAGCUCGUCUCUGCACUUUUUCUAGUGUCAUGAUAUCCUUCUUUAGAACAGGUGCCCAAAAUUGCACAGCAUAUUCAAGGUGUGGUCUUACCAGCGAUUUAUAAAGAGGCAAAAUUAUAUUUUCAUCCUGAGAAUUUAUGCCCCUAUUUAUACAUAACAAAACCUUACUGGCCUUAGCAACGGCAGAUUGACAUUGCAAAUUGCUGCCUAAUUUGUUGUCUAUAACAAUUCCCAAAUCCUUCUCGUGUGUGGUUAUCCCUAGUUCACUACCAUUUAGGAUGUAAAUUGCUUGUGCAUUCUUAACCCCGAAGUGCAUAACUGCAUUUCUCUACGUUAAAUUUCAUCUGCCAUUUUAAUGCCCUGUCCCCCAAUCUAUCCAAAUCCCUCUGCAGCAAGACAAUAUCCUGCUCACAUUUUAUUACUUUACAAAGUUUUUUUUGUCAUCUGCAAACACUGAUACAUGGCUUUUAAUGCCCAUUUCAAGAUCAUUUAUAAAUAUGUUAAAUCGAAGCGGUCCCAAAACAGAACCCUGAGGGACACCGCUUACCACUUUUGUCCAGCUUGAAAAUUUACCAUUAAUGCCAACUCGUUGUACUCUAUCCUUAAGCCAAUGUUCUACCCAAGAACAAGUUUAUUCAUCUAGACCAAUUUCUUUUAGUUUGAAGACUAACCUAUUGUGAGGAACCAUAUCAAAUGCCUUGGCAAAAUCCAAGUAGAUCUCAUACACUGCAACACCCUGAUCUAUACUACUACUUACUUCUUCGUAGAAUGCAAUUAGGUUAGUUUGACAUGACCUAUGUUUCAUAAAACCAUGCUGAUUAUUGCUAAUAACACAGUUCUUCCCAAUGAAUUCCUGAAUAUUAUCCCUUAAUAGCCGUUCAAAUAAUUUCCCAGUCACAGAAGUUAAGCUCCCAGGUCUAUAAUUUCCAGGCACGGAUUUUGAACCCUUUUUAAAUAUAGGAACAACAUCUGUCUUCCUCCAAUCCUCCGGUACAAUACUUGAAACAAAAGAAUCUUGAAAAAUUAAAUACAGAGGUUCACUUAUUUCCCCACUUAGCUCCUUAAGUACUCCUGGGUGGAUACCGUCAGGCCCCGGAGCUUUAUUUACAUUAAUUUUCUUUAAUAGCUGUAGCACCUUGUCUCGAGUUAUCCAAUCACAAGUUAUCUGCAAGUUUGUUGCAACAAUCAUUUGCUUAUCUCUUGCCAUAGGAUCCUCAUUAAUAUAUACUGAAGAAAAAUAGUUAUUUAAAAUUUCUGCCUUUUCGUGGUCUUCAUUAACUAACAGACCCAUCUCUGUUUUCAGUGUACCUACACUUUCAUUUUUGUUUUUUUUUAGAAUUGAUGUACUUGAAAAAAUUUUGGGGGUUGGUUUUGCAUUCUUUGGCUAUCAAUUUCUCAUUUUCUAGUUUAGCCACUUUAAUUGCUUUUUUUGCAAUUAUUAUUGGCUUCCUUAUAUCUUUUAUAUAGGAUGCCUCUGAUUUGUCAGAUUUAAAUGCUUUAAAUGCCUUUUUCUUAUUUUUAAUCUCUUGUUUUACUUCUCUACUAAGCCACAUUGGUUUUAAUUUGUUUCUUUUAUAUUUAUUACCCAAUGGUACAUACUGUGAAAUGUACCUUUCUAAUAUUUGUUUGAAUGGUUUCAAUUUUUCCCCAGUGUUUUUAUCACUAAGGAGUUUAUGCCAGUAGAUGUUGUAGAGCUGCCCUAAUCGUAUUUAAAAUUGUUUUUUUUUAAAUUAUACGUUUUAAUAUACCCCAUAUGCUUUGGCUUUUUUGAGUUUAUUUCAAAUGUUACCAUAUUGUGAUCACUAUUUCCAAAAUGCUCCCCUACUUGAACGUUGGUUAAAAGAUCAACAUUGUUUGUUAUAACGAGAUCCAGACAAGCAUCCUUUCUAGUGUGUGCUUGUACCAGUUGUGACAUAAAGGUGUCCUUUAACACAUUCAAAAAACGGAUUCCGUUUGCUGAAGUACUAGUCCCUCUAUCCCAAUUUAUGUCCCGGUAAUUAAAAUCUCCAAUAAUUAACAUGUUACCCCGAUUUGCAGCUUUCCCAGUUUGCUCUAACAGCAGUUCUUCCUCAUUAAUAUUUACAUUUGGUGGUUUAUAACAUAUCCCAACCAAUAACUGAUUUCCCUUUGUUUGCCCCAAGCAGAUAUCUACCCAUAAAGCUUCCACAUUUUCCUCAUCACACUCCACGUGCCUAAGAUUUGACUUUAACUCAUGGCUGACAUACAAACAUACCCCACCACCCUUCUUCCUAAUCCUAUCCUAUCCUUCCUAAAUAACGUGUACCCAUUUAAUGCCCAGUCAUGUGUCUCAUCCCACCAUGUUUCAGUUAUGCCUAUUAUGUCAUAUUGUUUAGUGUAUGCUAUUGCCUCUAGUUUCCUCCAUUUUGUUAUAUAGGCUCCUUGCAUUAGUAAGCAAGGGUCCAGCAAAAUCAUUUGGAUAUCUUAAAGAUUUUUGUUCACUCACUUGUGUUCAUGUGGUUAACCAAACACCUUUUAGUUAUCACAGAGGAACGGUUAUCUUUCUUGUGAAAGCGGUUUCUGUUUGCACCACAGGGAACUCUGUAAUAUGCAAUAAUGUGAAUCCUAACUGAGGAGGGUAAAAAGAGAACAGCACAACUAAUAGCUAUUUUUUGUUAUUGAAUGUGACAUCCUCUUUAAGUCAUCUUAGUUAAUAGUAAAUUAGAGAUAAAUAAUUUACUAUUGUUUAAAAACUAAUUUACUACAGUCAUGUUAGCUGGUUCUAUUUCAAGUACAGGCAAUUAGCAGUUUGGCAUCGUAUUGUACCAGUUUUCAAACGGUACAUUGCUAGUACCAGAAUUCCAAGACCACAUUUAUCUGCCCGUAACACAUUUGCUAAAAUUCCUAAUGGACAAUCAAAUGCUUUAACACCAAGAUCAAGUUUUAUAUGGAGACUAUUAUAAAGGGCAAUAAAUUGAAUGUUAAUGUUUGGAUGGGCUGUAAAUUGCUAACCUCUUCCCACCUGCCCCAGAAUGUAAAGGGUUAAAAGUUUUGAAAACGCAUUUAUUUAUUCACCCAAUGUAGAGCGUGAGGAUGUCCUGUGUCAGUUAGGCAGCCUGGAAUCCAGCAAACUCUGGGAAGCACCUCUAGAAGCUGUCUUAGUACUACUGUGUAAUGUAACAUUUCUCAAAAACUGCAAAGUUUUACAUUGCAGGACUAAGUGUGGAGAGGGACACUGCACCCAGACCACUUCAAUGAGCUGAAGUGGUCUGGGUGCCUACAGUGUCCUAUUGAACAUGUGGGACAGUCUUUGAAAACAAAGGUUGGAUUUUACUUUGCCUGCUAUAUAAUUUAGCAGAAAUGUGGCCAAAGUCAGUGCAUCAAACUGCAGCAAAUACAUGCUUUAUCAAAUCUACCCAGCUCUGCCCUGAAUUAUUGGCAUGAGAUUGCCACCAUUUUGGAGACAAAACUCUCAUCUAACUGUGUUACACUACAUGGUUUUUAAUACAGGGGAAAAAAACACCAAAAACGUAAGGGCUACUGGUAGGUUUUAAUUCCACCUUUGAUAGCUUUUUGUUUUUAGCAAAUUUGUCGAGUAAAAUAUCUCCCCUGAUCAAUUUGGCCUUGGCAUGGCUGGAAUUGUUGCUUGCGUAAAUCAUCACAACAUAACUCUGCUAGGAGUUUCUACUUGUCAGCAGAUCUGUGGCAGAUUAACGAAAGCUUUCAUUUGUUUAAAAUAAAUCAAGUAAACACUUUAAAAACCCAGGAUCCCACAAUGCAACAAAUGUAUAAUCUGAUCUGAGUGUUCUAAUCUGAUUUUUUUCUUUUUCUUUUUUCUGUGACCAAAAAAAUGAGACCCUUUGCUUCAAGUGGAAAUUGUACUGUAAAAUGUCAAGUGUAAUUAUUUGAAACUUGUUUGGUUACUAUUACUUACAAGUUAAGGUAAAAGUUAUAAAAGCUCUACAGCUUUUUUUUUUUUUGUGGCUGUUGAACCUUUACUGCAAAAGUAAUUAAAGAAACCCUAUAGUGUCAGGAAAACAAACAUUCCUGACACUUAAGUGAUUAACUAUUUAGGUCCCCAGCCCUCUUUAAAUUGCAUGGGAAAGGUGAUUUUACUCACCUUUUCUCACAUGCAGCACCAGUCUUGCCAUAGCUGACUCCGCCUCUAUUCCUGAGAUUAUCAAUCUUGAUGAUGAUCUCCGUCAAUCUAAUGCUUUCUCAUAGGAAAGCAUUGUGAGGCUAUUGUGCAUGGACCACUAAACGCCGCGCCAGUCAGCAUUUCCUCAUAGAGAUGCAUUGAAUCAAUGGUCUCUAUAGGGAAUGUUCAGCAGAUCAUUAAAGGGCAUGGAGACUCUGAACUCCAGUGCUGCACACUGUGCAGCCCUGGACUAGUAAGCACCUUUAAUAAAAGGCAGUGUUUACAGUGCUCAGCCUGCAAGGGCAGGGUAUAGACACCAGAACAACUACAUUAAGCUGUAGUUGCUCUGGUGACUAUGUGGGGUAGGGGGAUCUGUUCGUGUGUGUGUUCGUGUUCUCAAUUAUUUAAACUGGCAGAUGUUUUUAAACCCUGUACUUCGUGGUUGAUGUGAACCAUGAAUGGAUCGUCUGCCACCAUGUUAAUCCAGCCCUUUACUAAGAGAGGGAGACUGCCUAUGUGCAACUCACAUUAUUCACUAACAGACAGACAUAUCUAUAUCCUUGUGCUGCUAUGAGAUUAAAGGUUUAGUUACUUUAAGCACCAUUACAACUUAAAGGGACACUAUAGUCUUCAAAAUAACGUUAUCUUAAUGAAUGUAGAGAUCAUGCAACUGCAGUCUCACUGCUCAAUUCUCUGCCAUGUAGGAGUUAAAUUACUUUGUUUAUGUAGCCAUAAUCACACCUCUCUGCGCGUGACUUACAUAGCCUUCCUAAAUACUUCACAUAAAGUCAUCUAAUGUUUAGAUUUCCUUUUAUUUCAAAUUCUGUUUAAUUUAUAAUUUCUUAUUUCCUGCUCAGUUAUUAACUUGCCAUGUAAUUAAAGUUAAAUUUACAAAGCAGAAAUACUUUUAAAUUAAAUUACAUAUGAUUGAAAAUGAAACCAUUUUGUUUUCAUCCAGGCUGUGUCAAUCACAGCCAUGGGAGGUGUGGCUAGGGCUGCAUAAACAGAAACUAAAGUGAUUUAAUUCAUGAAUGGCAGAGAUUUGAGCAGUGAAACUUCAGAGGCAUUAUCUAUACACACACAAACUGAUUCAUUAAACUAAACUUGUUUUGGUGACUACAGUGUCCCUUUAAGCUUUGUGCAGGGGCCUUAUAUCUGCAGCCCUUUUUCUUGAAAUGCUGCCAGUUACAAGACAUAUAAUUAUACUACUUUUAACUUGCAGUUUAUGUCAUUAUUACAUUCUUCCUAUAGAUUGAUGUCUUGUUUUGGAUCGACAGAUGCCAGAGGUAUUUUUUUACAGUAUGUAUAUUUAAAUUAAAAAUAUAUACAUCGGGCAUCUGUCAAUCUAUAGGAAGAAUGUAAUAAUACACAAACUGUAAGUUAAAAGUGCAGUUUAUUCAGAUUACUAGAGUCAUUGACCGUAUACAUUAUAUGAACAUUUAUAUGGCACAAGUAGAGGAGAUGGUGCAAGCGGAUAAAUGAGAAAAGGGUGGAACGCUAUGUAAUUAUUUUAUGUUCUUUUACUCCAAGAUAUUAUUUGAUUAGCAAAGCUUUCCAGCUUUUAAUGUCUCACUUAUGGGGGAAAAUAUAAUGAACAUAAUGUCUUAACUAACAAAAAGUAAAUGUUCUUUUUUAUUUUUCCUCUCUUUUUUUUCUUUUAUGUCCACAGUACUCUUACCUGCUCACUAGUCAGCUGGAAUCUCAGCGCAUCUACUGGGAAAAUAAGAUUGUCCGUUUAGAAAAGGAUACAGCAGAAGAAGUAAGUCACAAGUCUGAUGUACUUUACCUUUGACUUUGAUGCUGUGCUAGUAGCACUGGGCAAGAUAAGUAAAAGCAGCAGAGGGGGUUAAUAUGCUAAUGUACAGUUAACCCCUUAAGGACCAAACUUCUGGAAUAAAAGGGAAUCAUGACAUGUCACACAUGUCAUGUGUCCUUAAGGGGUUAAAGCAGAUUAGUUAUUUUUGCCCACUUCCUAAAUUGCACCAAUAACCGUAAAUGGUUUCAUAUAAGCAAUGGAAAGUGCUAAUCUGUUUACUCUUUUAUUUCACAUUUGUCCAUAUUGCUAUCAUUUGAGGUUGUCCUAGAGAUCCAUAAACUUAUCCCUGAAUGGCACAUUAUUUAAAAAAACAAAAGUGGAAGUUUAGUUCAAUUCGAUGUUACAGAGAGAAAUUUAAAACUUCUUGUAAUCUAAAAUUAGUGUAAUAAUACUGACAUUUCCUUGUUCUCUGAUCUUCUUGAAAAUAUUUUUUUGUUUUUUUGUUUUAGAAUUGGAACUACAAACACAAAGCUUUUUAUUACAGUAUAUACUCGAGUAUAAGUCUAGUUUUUCAGCACAUUUUUUGUGCUUAAAAACCCCCACUCGACUUAUACUCGAGUCACUGUCUGUAUUAUGGCAGAGUGUGUGUAUAUAAUGCAGAGUCUGUGUUUAUAUGAGUGUGUGUGUGUAUAUAAUGCAGAAUGUGUGUUUGUAUGAGUGUGUGUGUAUAUAAUGCAGUGUGUGUGUUUGUAUGAGUGUGUGUGUAUAUAAUUAUAAAAAUCACAGAAUUUCAUAGCCCCAAGUUUUACCCUCGACUUAUCCACGAGGCAUAGCAUAUUUCACAAUUGUUGGUCACAAAACUGCACUCGACUUAUACAUGAGAUCGACUUAUACACGAGUAUAUACGGUAUCUGCAUUUUGAUCGUUUUUACCUGCUUCAAAUUUAGACAUCUAAUUCCCUUCAUUCCCUUGUUGUGAGGUUUGCUUCUGAAAUAAGUUAAUAUAAAAAAAAAGAAAUAUAUAAACACACAUUUCCAAAUACUGGUCAUGUUUACUGAUGGUAUGCACACGUUUUUAUGUAUUUUAUUUUGUGUGAGCUGGUUUUUUUUUUUUUUUUCUCCCUCCUGCAACAUAAACUUAAACACACACACACACUCCACUCCCACCCCGGAGGAUAGCAACAUCUAAGUACCUCCAGUGACUCAGACAGACAUGUAAUGAAGAACAAGGUCCAAGCCAACCACACAUAUGCCUUACCAGUCAUCAGUUAUCCAGCUGGAAUAACAACCUGACCAAGAGAAGAGCUGGUCAUCAUGGAUGUCAAGACCCAAAAAUUACUCGCUAUGAAUGGUUGAGUAUUUUACCUGAAAUCCGGCACUCAGAGACUGUACACUAACCGGAAGGAGGGAGGGGCCUGAGGAGUGUCAAGGACACAGUCCUGGAUAAAACACAGAGCAUCCACAAGUACAUCACGAAGAUGGCUCCCAAAGAUGAACUGCUAAGGGAAUGCCCGAGGAAACAGAGGAUGCAGAAAAGGAGGAACUUCCAUGGCAAAACAAACCUUUCCAUGGAGUGUACCAUCGGCAGAUAGUGGAUGUGGCUCACAUAAUGAAAUCCUACAAAGGGUUGGAAAAUGCAGGACUAAAAGACAGGACUGAGGCACUAAUCUUUGCGACACAAGAACAGACACUUCGCACCAGAUCAAUAGAAGCGGCGGUCUACCAGACAAAAUUGUAGGUGGAGGCCUCUGAGGCAAUGCAGCACAUAAUAGCCAUGUGUAAGAAGUCAGCAGGGACAGCAUACACAGAGAGGCACAACCAAGUUGUUGGGAAUGUGUUCCGAAAUAUCUGUACUUAAUAUGGUCUGGACCUGCCUACGUCCAGAAGGUAGAUGCCACAAAGGUUAAGAAAUGCAGGGCUAAGACCCUGUGGGACUUUCAAAUUCAGGCAGACAAGCAAGUAGUGGGCAACCUACCUGAGGUGUGGUGAUAGUCAAAGAAAAAAAGACUGCAAUGGUGGUGGAUGUGUCAAUGCCCAGUGACCAUAACAUCAAAAAGAAGUAUCAACAGAAGGUGGACAAAUACCAAGGACUUAAAGUUUAGCUAGAAAGGAUAAGGAAAGUAAAGGCAGCAGUAGUCCUAAAUGUGAUGAGAGCACUCUGGGCUGUUACCCCCAAGUUGGGGGAGUGGCUUCAGCAGAAUCCAGGUGGAACAGCUGUCCAAAAGAUUUUGCACAGAACCCUCAGACUCCCAGGCCUCUGGUAGAGGGUCUGAGAAUGAGGUAUACACAAAAAUUACUAGCUAGAGGACACAUACACAUAAGGUGGGACACCGUCCAGAGUAGGAUUUGAUAAGUAAAUAACGAAUUUGCUAGUAGUCACUUUUUGUUGUUGUUGCAGCUGCAUAUUAUUACUUUAUUUAUAACUGUGAGUCUUAGGAGAUUCUUGAUGGGUAAUUUCAUGAAGGAACAACAAAUAAAAAAUAGUGGAAUUUUAUUUUCAAAAUGACAACUGUUUGGCAAGUGGGUAAUUUCAAGAAAUUCCCAGAAAAAUUGGCCCGAACUUUCAGCUCUUGAUUACUUCCUGUGAGGAUAUCUGAAGGAGCAGGUGUACGUGAACAAACCAGCUUAAUGAGAAUAUCUGGUUAGAAAUCCAGGCGCUACAUCUUCACACAUUAACUAAUGUUAUGGACACUGCAAUCGAAAGGGCCAACUUUGCGAGGCGGCAAAUGGAGCUCAUGUUAAAAGAUGUCACCUAGUCUUCCGUACCUAGUCAAACAAAUCUCCAUAUACAUUCUUUUAGUUUGCAUUUUUUUUAAAACUAACAUUUUGGUUCCUUGUUUUUGGUUUGUUUGUUUUUUUAGUUUGAGAUGUUGUCCCAUGUAGCUUAACCCUCAUCAUUUGUUAAUAGCCAUAACACAGCUCAUCAUCAUCAUCUUUGUAUAUGUGUUACCCUAAUUUCAUCACUAUACUUGCCCAACAGAAAAAUCCACAUCAGCGGUAUAAAUACAGGAAUUGCUGAAAUGGAUGUAAAUGAAAAAUAAGAACGAUUAAAUGCCUAUUAUUUCAAUCAUGUUACAUAGGCCUGGAUAUGUGAAUCUUAACUGUAUCUGUAUGUUGGGUUACAUUAAAACUGGCUGAUACUCUCCUAAACAUAAUUUAACAUUUGUUAAUUAUAUAUGGUAAGGCUUUUCAUAGAACAUUGUUACAUUAAAAGGUUAAAUUAAAUUGCACUCUCAGUUGAUUGUUUUGUAAUCUUAAAGUCCCAUCUUCAACCUACAGGAGGUGCAUUUGUGUGUAGUUGUGUGGUUUCCAUAUAGAUGCCUGUAAUCUGCCCAUAACAUUUAUAAGCACUGUCCUCAGAUGAGUCCUGUGGCUUCCUGAUAGUGGUAUCUAGAUUGUGCACUGGUGUAUUGCCCAUGAUAUCCUCACCCUUUGGCAAUGUAUUUCUCUACAGGAUGUUCCUGCACUGAUAGGAUUAACCCUUACAGACAUAACACAGCAGGGACUUUUAAACAUACUUGCAAUCAAUAUAAAGGGCAGCCCUAUUGAGCUUGUUGCUCUAAAAUAUCACUGCUUGCAGUGAGCAACUGUAACUCAAGAGGGAGAUCAGCCCAUUGUAAGCACACAUUUAUACAUGCAAGGAGAGAUAUGUGGAAGGUUCAGGGGUUUUGUAUACGUGUGUGUAAUUCCCUUAUCAUUUAGCUUUUGAGAUCGGUUAAUACACCAACUGAAGAACCUGUUCACACUUCAACUCAAUGGUUUGAUUUCCACCAAGGACCUCUCAUUCUUUCUGUUGAAGUGUCAUUAAAAUUGUCUGUAUAAUCUAAGACAUAUUUGAAAAAGAAGGAAAAUAUCUUAUUGUAUAUUUUGUGGCAAAUUAAAUAUUAACGAUUAUCUUCUAUUUCUAGAUUAAUAAUAUGAAGGCUAAGUUCAAGGAGACCAUAGACAAGUGUGACAACCUGGAGCACAGACUAAAUGACUUGCUCAAAGAAAAACAAGCUUCAGAACGGAGGUACUUGAACAUUGCCAUACAAAAGGCUUUAGAGAUUAUGUGGUCUAUAAAAAGAAAUUAAUAGUUUAAGAUUUUCAUCACUAUUGCUAUCGAAGUUAAUAUUGCCAUCGAAGUUAAUAUUGUAGAGUUUGCCAAGUUUUCAUUGAUUUAUUUUUAAAAGACCAUUCCUUGUACCAUAAUGACUACAAAGAGUUGUGCUGGUGCCUUGGUUCCCCUCAGUAGACAAACCAUUUCUACAACAGUUUGAAAUGUUUAUGCAGCCCAUCUCCACUACACGCUCCACUUUUGGGGGAAGUUUUUUUCUGAGCAAAGCCUGGCAUUUUAAUCAGCUCAUUGGCUGAGUGAGGUCAGCUUACUCUGUUAUUGCUAGUCUUGCACUGCAGGGCUUACCUCGAGCGCUGACAGGAGUUCCUAAAUACCAAAGGAAAAAAAGUUACCUGCACACUUCCCAAAUCCCUAUGCAUAUUUAAAUAUUUAGUAACUCCAAUGGCCAUUAGAUGCAAGCCCACCUGCCACAUCAAGGCAAACCACUCAGGUGGGUCCUACACUAACCAGUCACCUUGCUUCCUCGAGCUUCAGGCAAAGAAAUCUCUAAUGAGCCAGAGAGUUUUUUAUUUUUCGAAACCCCUACAUAGUUAUUAACCCUUAACAGGGAACACAUGGGAUGGGCGGCAGCAUUGUAACAUGGCUGCGUGAUACAAAAGCAAAAACAAAUACACAAAAAUAAGUCCACAAAAAUAAGUCCUGCGCUAAAACUCCCACUACUCCUGGGCAGCAGCAACCACCACAGUACCCAACAGCCCCAAAACACUUCUCACAGAAGCCUGUCAUUUGAACUAUUGCCGGCUCAGAGCGCAUACGUGCACUCCAGGCCAGCGAGGGGAGGGUUUAAAAUAAACUGGGGGAACUUCCCGAAACAAAAUGAGGGUUGGAGAUGUAAAAUAUGGAUAGAAUUCACAUAAGGCAGCCUGAAUUAUAGUUCCAGGUUGCCAAUGUCAUGUGUGCUGGGGGUGCAACAAGCCUCCAGCACACAUGGAUUUUGUUUUUGCAAAAAAACAUUUUGAUAGGUUUGACGAAAAAGGUCAAAUGAGUAAAAAAAAAAAAAAAAAAUGUAUGUUUGGUUUUGGUACCUAAUAUUCAAUGCAACAAAAUUAGCUUUUUAUUCAUGUUAGUGUGUUUCCACUGUAUAAAAUUAUUCAUACAAACAUGAAAAUCAUCACUGUGUAAUUAAACCAGGCCAAUAAACACAGCAUCUAUUGGGAUUUAUUUUUACAAAAGGGUUUUACCCAGUACCUGCAACUUUUAUGGGUGCAUUCCUAUCUUUUAUAUUGCAUUUAUAUAAUGCUUAAAAUAAAUCUGCCGGUCUUUGCACCAAAUCCUCUGCUUCCAGGCUGCAGAAACCUCUACCCAAACUCCGAUAUUGCCAACACUUGUUAGCCAUUUUCUGUAAUGCUUGUUGACCCUGACAUCUUCUGUUUUUCUCUCCCCUAUAAUUUAAAGGUGCACCCAGCUAAAUGCCAAAGUAACCAAACUCACUUCUGAAUUGAAAGAGGAGCAAGAAAUGAACAAAUGCCUACGAGCCAAUCAAGCGGUUCUCCAAACCAAACUUCGGGAAGAGGAGAACCUACGGAAAGAAACCUGCGAACAGAAGGACGGGCAGCUAAUGGAAAUGCAGGAGCAGCUACGUGAUGUAAUGUUCUAUUUAGAGGCACAGCAGAAAAUUAACCAAAUGCCUGUAGACACCAGACAGGAUAUUCAGGGAGGCCAGAUCAAUAUACCAGUGGCAUCAUCUAGUUCUCCUCCAUCAUCUACAAGGCAUCCAUCCCGGAAAGGGCGUGGAAAAAGAGGAAAAUAAUCCAAAAUCUCAUCACACUGGUUAUCUAAAUAUGGUCUUCAGACCGCUAUAUGGCCUGCUUAAAUUAAUAAAUUAUUUUCAGUGGGCAUGCAUUUAACCAGUAAAGAUUCACCCGUUUAAUUGCUGGAGAUGUGUGAAAAUUCUUAAACAUCUUCAAUAGCAGAUUUUGAGCACAGUUCUAUCCAGUUUUGUAGUUUUAAAUCCUUUGUCAUUAGGAUGCUGGAGCUUGUAGUACGGGAUCUUCGCGAAAGCUGGUUUUAUUUCGCUGCCAGAGGUGCCUAUCACUAGCAGACACUCUGUGAGAGUGAAAGAGUUAAGGUUUCCAUUAAAACAUGGAUUCCCAAAUAUUUCCUUAAGUGUAAAAAAAAAAAAAAAAAAACUAAUAAUUUUGGAAAUUCCUGAGUUACAUAGAAAAUCUAGCUCGUUUCAUGUUUGUAAGUGUGCAGUGGUUUGCAUACUUCUAACAUUAUUACUUCAUGUUUUUUUUUGUGUUUUCUUUAAAGGUACUUGUAAUCUGGUAAGGGUAUUUAAAUCAUGAGCAGUACAAUCAGGUUUGUUCUGAUAAAAGACUGAAAGAAGCUCUAAUAGCCAUUAAUUGUUUUUUGCUGUUCUACACAUUUGUGACAACCCUCGUCAAUAUUUAAAUGCCAUUAUUUAGAGCACACUUGGCACUUUGUAAAUGUUUGUAGGUAAACUCACAAAACUGCAAGGCAUACUUUUCGUCCUGAUUAUAUGGGAGGUUUUAAGGUUCUCCUUUGGACAGUAAAGAACAUUUACAGAGUUUAAUGUAGCACCUGUUAUACUUUGUGCUUAAGCCUUUGAGUACCAAACAAGAGUGCUUUGCAAUGUUACAUGACCCUCUAGUGCUCUGCAGGUUUAAUUACUUAUUUACAUACUUGUUAUAAGUUCGUUUUAGGUUAAUGAAGCCUUGUAAUACUCCUGUCAGUGAGUAUGUGAGAACAUAUAUUCCCAGCCACUGUAGUGUCUUGGUAGUACAUUAUUUACAAUAUCCGUUCAUCCAGUCUGAUCAUCAAUGUUCCAGCUAUAUCGAAGUGAAUUGUGCAAAUGCUGAACUGUCUCACUUUAUAACUAUACAAUUCCUUAGCUUUUCCAGUUCUAAUUUUCUUGCUGAAUACCUUCUGUAAAAUGAUGUACAGAAAUUGUGCAUGAAGACAUCUUUAUUUCUUUUAAUAAGUACAGUUUUUCACUUGGUGUACUAUUUAUGAAUUAAAAUGAAAAAAAAAAUG